AUGUCACCAACAACAGAUCAACAAUUCGUUAUCGGCUCAAUAAUCCCAAUUGUCAUAAAAAUCCAGUACGAAGGACUUGCACUUCUCGAAAAUGUAAUGCUGCAAGUAUUAGAUGCCGAUAGCGGAAAAGUAAUCGACGAUGAUUUGUACAAUGUCAAUCGACAAGAUUUCGAUAAUGAUCGAGGAUUUAAUACUACAUUGUUCGUUGAUCCUGACAUUUAUGUACCUAAAGGUCAUCAGCUCAAUAACAAUGAUUUGGCGACGGGAAUUUACACGAUUCGUGCAAUUGGUGAUUCCACAUAUUCAAAUUCUCCUAACAGCAUAAGAAAGCACAUGAAGACCUUUAAAGAUGUUAAUUUUACGAUUGUCAAUGAUCAGUCGAUGAAUAUAGUUACGUUGAUGCCGGGACCCAUAAUUUCGGUGGUCGACACGCCAGCCGCAGAAAAUUGGAGCUCAAUGUAA